AUGAUGAUAUACGAGCGACCCAUUGUUGAAGAGCCCGCCGCUCUGCCCGGCUCUGGCUCACCUCCCGGCCUAACCACCUCGAAAUCCUCAAAAUCUUCCUCCUUCCACUCUUCCUUUUCAGACCGCGAGAGCGUUCUCACCGAUGUGAGCAACUUCGAAGAAAUCGGCCUCGACGAUGACGCACCUCACUACGACCGGGACCUGCAACAGCCCAAACGCGACCCCAGCCCCUACAACGCCUCUUACGCCUCUGAUCUGCGUGCAAAGUCCAUGACUAGCCUGCCCAAAUCACAACAACAGCAACGGUCUUUGUCCAAGCCGCGAAGCCCUCAAGUCUCCCAGCGCGAGAUCACAACCACAAAGAAGAGGCGGCCCAGUGCACCAGCGUUACAGCCUCACAACCUGAGAUCCAAUGUGCGCAGCACCAACACGACCCAGCUCCUUUCCGAGUCAUACGUCACCUCACAGCCCCGAAGCAUGAACGGCCGUCCGAACAGCCGACCCUCGGUCCCAGCCUCCAGAGGCAGCCGCACGCCUAGUCCCAAUCUCCGCCAACUCCGACCGAGUCUUUCGAUCAAACCCAGCGCCUCUAGUAUGACCCUCAGGCCAAGAAGAGGCAGCUGGCAGUCAACCCGCGAGCGCAAGACCGAGGCUGAGCUGGAGCGGGAGUGCGACGAGGAUGACGGUGACGACAUUCCCGAGGGCUUCGUCCUAGACAACGUUCCUCUGUCUCCUCGGCCCCACUCUGAACGCACAGUGAGCCGCCCAACCUCCAAAUCGAACUCCCCAGAGCGAUCGCCCAAGCCCAGAGUCAGGAGCGUUGGAAAUGGUACUCCUGCAUCUGGCGGCGAAAGUGGCUCCAUCGGUGCACUGCGGUCACCCUCCUGGAAAUCCGACACGGCCUUGUCGUCUCUCAAGUCUCCCCUCUCUGAAGGCAUGCCAAGUCCUCACCUGGCACGCGCCAACAGCUGGAAUGUGACCCUGGCUGCCCUUAACAAGGACGCCCAAGAGCUCACCGAGAAGCUGGAAGAGCACGCCGAAGAGCUGGAGGUCAAGUCGCAGAGGUCCAGCACCGGAUCAAUUCCCAAGGCUCGCCGGGCGAGUACAACCGAAGUUUCCAGGCCGAAGCACAAAUCUGCUCUUGCAGAAUUGCCGCCCCUGCGUCGCAGCAACAUCAUGAUUGAUCCUCUUCCCAUUUCGAAGGAGAAGGAGGCCGUUCUUUCUCGCACACGUCCCUCAUGGCUGCCACCCAAGGAUCCUGCCGAGGAACGCCGCCAUCUGAAGGAAUACCAGAAGAUGAUGCAAAGGAGCGCAGAGAACGAGCGACGCAGGGAGGAGCAGAAGAAGGUCAUGUCCAAGAACAAGGACACUGCAGCUGACAGCCUCAUGCAAAUCUGGGAGCAUGAGAUCGUUCCCCGUUGGAACGAUGCGAUCCGCGAGCGCCGUACCCGCGAGCUCUGGUGGAGGGGCGUCGCCUCUAGAAGUCGCGGCGUGGUCUGGACUAAGGCCAUCGGGAACGACCUGGGCCUCACGGAAAAGUCCUUCGAGGCCGCUCUGGCCAGGGCCCAGGAGGCCGAGGCCCGCGAGAAGGCCGGCCAUGGCAGUCCCGAGGACCACAAGGUCGUGGCCUGGAUGCGAACCAUUCGCAAGGAUGUCGAGGCCCAGACGUGGCGGGAUCUGAAGAUCUUCCAGGCCGGUGGGCCGCUGCAUCAGAGCCUGCUUGACGUGCUGAGCGCCUAUGCCAUGUACCGCAGCGACAUUGGCUAUGUCACUGGUUGUAAUACCGUCGCAGCGCUCCUUCUACUCAACCUUCCCAACCCUACGGCGGCAUUCAUUGCCCUGGCCAACCUCCUCAACCGCUCCCUCCCCCUGAGCUUUUACUCCGACGACCAGGGCGCCAAGUCAUCCGCCUACAACCUGUUGCUGCAGACCCUCGCAACAAAAUCUCCAAAACUGCAUGCUCAUCUGACGGCUCUGGCUGACCACGAUGCCGAUGUAUACCUGGGCGACAUCUUUACCUCGCUCUUCACCGGGCAUGUCGCACUCGACGAGGCAGCGCGACUGUGGGACGUCUACGUCUUCGAGGGCGACUCCGUUCUGGUCAGGGCUGGCGUCGCAGUCCUCCUGGAGCACGAGAUGGCCCUUCUAAGCACCAAGAACAUGGACGAGGUCAAGGCGGCCAUCUGUGGCAAGAAGCAGAAGCUGGUGGGCAAGCCCGGAGACGAGGAGCGGUGGAUGAAGUCGGUACGAGAGGCCGGCAAGCACAACUCUUGA